UACAAAGAACUUAAAAUUUCUUAAAUUUCCAGAUUUGAGAAUGCCGAUCAAGAAGAUUCACGCACGUCAGAUUUAUGACUCCAGGGGAAAUCCUACUGUUGAGGUCGACCUUACUACAGAGAAGGGAAUCUUCAGAGCUGCGGUCCCUUCAGGGGCUUCCACUGGCAUCUAUGAGGCCCUAGAACUUAGGGAUAAGGCCGAGACCUGGCUUGGAAAGGGCGUGACUAAGGCUGUAAACAAUGUUAAUAAUAUCAUUGCCCCUGAACUGAUCAAGAACUGCUUGGAUCCUGUUGAGCAAGAAAAAAUAGAUGAGUUGAUGCUAAAGCUGGAUGGAACGGACAACAAGAACAGUCUGGGAGCCAACGCUAUCCUAGGAGUAUCCAUGGCUGUUUGCAAAGCUGGGGCAGCACACAAGGGUGUGCCUCUUUAUCGUCACAUUGCUGAUUUGGCUGGCGUCAAGGAUGUGAUCAUGCCAGUCCCUGCACUCAACGUCAUCAAUGGCGGGAGUCACGCGGGAAACAAACUGGCCAUGCAAGAAUUCAUGGUACUUCCCACUGGAGCUACCUGCUUCUCCGAGGCUAUGAGAAUGGGCUCUGAACUUUACCAUCAUCUUAAGAGCAUCAUUAAAAAGAAGUACGGGUUGGAUGCUACUGCUGUUGGUGAUGAGGGAGGUUUUGCUCCCAACUUUCAGAACAACGGCGAGGCUCUAGAACUUCUGGUAGAGGCUAUUAAAAAGUCUGGUUACGAAGGCAAAAUUCAAAUUGGUAUGGAUAUUGCAGCCGCUGAGUUCUAUAAGAACGGAAAAUACGACCUCGAUUUCAAAAACCCAGAGUCUAAUGAGGCUGACUGGAUUAACUCCGAUCAGCUUGGAGAAAUGUACAAAGGUUUCAUUAAGGAUUACCCAGUGGUUUCGAUUGAGGAUCCCUUUGACCAAGAUGAUUGGGAGGGAUAUACUAAACUCACUUCUGAAACUUCAAUUCAAAUUGUUGGUGACGAUCUGCUUGUUACCAACCCUAAAAGAAUCCAGACCGCAAUCGACAAGAAAGCCUGCAAUGCACUUCUUUUGAAGGUUAAUCAGAUCGGGUCAGUAACAGAGUCCAUCCGUGCUCACCAGAUGGCCAAGGCUCAAGGUUGGGGCACUAUGGUAUCUCACAGGUCUGGUGAGACUGAGGAUUGUUUCAUCGCUGACCUGGUUGUUGGACUGGGAACAGGUCAAAUCAAGACCGGUGCACCCUGCAGGUCAGAGAGACUUGCUAAGUAUAACCAGCUGCUCAGGAUCGAGGAGGAACUAGGACCCGGAGCAAAGUUUGCUGGAGUGAACUUCCGCAAUCCACAGUAGAAGUUAUAACCUUUGAUAUUGAAUGAUGUUGCGCCGUAGUGAUAGCCUCUGGUCGUUUAAAAAAGUUGAACUUUUAAUUUACGAACUUAUGUAAAUUGCUUAUUUUAAUGUCUUUUCUUCAGAAA